AUGGUCGCCGACUUACCUGAUUUUCAAGAUGAAAAGACACUGCUACAAUAUCAUGCUGAAGGUAGGAGUACGGCUGGUUGUCAAAUAAUGUCCAUCAGAAGUCCAAAUUGUCAUCCUGAAAUUGCUGGCGAAGGCAUAGAGUAUGAUUGGGCUGGAAUCAAGUCGUAUUAUCGUCAUUCGGACCUAGCAUCCAAGAAAACUCUGGAAGCAUUCAAAGACUUGGUGAAAGAGAGCAUGGAGUCUGUCCAGUUCAAUCAUCGAUCGUCGUUCUCUGCAAGGGCCAGGGAGUACAUGCUGGCUUAUGAUGUCUUGGAGGAGUGGAACAACUUGCCCGAGGAGUUGAAGAAUGGGGACCCAGAGAAGGAAAAGUUGCCAAAGACUUCGGCGCAGUUUUUGGACAGGAUUGUGAAUUGUAGGCGGAAGAGACAUCGCGAUGUCGGAGCGGAUGAGGGGUGGGUGAAUCUGAUUAUGAAUGCGAUGAAGAAACGAGAAGUAAUUGUAAUAGACUGA